AUGUCUCAGUACGUGAACGACCUGUGGCCCGGCUCGCCUCGGGACAAGGAGUCCCCCUCGACGUCUCGGUCGGGCCGGUCCAGCCGCCUGUCCUCGGCGUCCAGCAGUCGCUCGUCUUCUGGGAGCUCUCGGUCCCGCUCUAGCGGCUCGAGCCGGGCAUCGUCGCGGAGUCGGAGCCGGCCCCGAAGGAGGAGCAGGUCCAGGUCCUGGUCCAGGCGGCGCCACCAGAGGAAGUACAGGCGCUACUCGCGCUCCUACUCGCGCAGCCGGUCGCGCUCCCGCGGCCGCCGCUACCGGGACAGGCCCUACGGCGCGUCCAGCGGAUACCGCCGGUCGCCGUUGCGGCCUCGCUCUCGCAGCCGCUCCGGCUCGCGGGGACGCCCGGAUUACCGACGGGCCUACGCGCUGCCGCGGGGGCGGCGCUACUACGGCUUCCGCCGCACGGUGUACCCGGAGGAACGCCGAAGAUGGAGGGGCAGGUCCCGGACCCGGUCGCGGAGCCCCAGCCCUUUUCGCUUGACUGAGAAAGAUCGAAUGGAGCUGUUAGAAAUAGCAAAAGCCAAUGCAGCAAAAGCUUUAGGAACAGCUAACUUUGACUUGCCGGCUAGUCUCAGAAAAGUUCUUGGAUCUAAAGAGACGAACCAUGGAACAGCUGUACCAAACAGUGGUGCAAAGUUUGAGCUGUUGGAAAAACAAGCAGAAGAUGGAACUAAAAAUCCCAGUGAAAAGCCUUCCCAGCAAAAAAGCAUAGCUUUUAGCUCUAAUAAUUCUGUAGCAAAGCCAAUGCUUCAGAAAUCAGCUAAAGCUACUGCUGAAGAGACCUCUUCAGGAUCCCCCAAAAUAGACAAGAAAAAAAGUCCAUAUGGACUGUGGGUUCCUGUCUAAAAAAAGAAAACUAAUGUAUAAGGUUGGCUGAAAUGCACUUUAUUGCAAGUGUGUGUUCCUAGCAUUAUUCCAUCUCUGGGAGUCAUUUAGUGGUAAUUGUUGGAAUUACAAACAAUGACAAAGAAAUAUGUAAAUCUUUAAUAUUUAAAUACUAACAUUUUAGGUUUCUCUUAUAGAUAAGAGAUAACACGUGGACCCAGAGGAUUCAUACAGGUGGGAGUCUUGUACAUAUACUUGUAAAUGUUUUGUAUAAUAUCGAUUAGUUAUGUAAAAGCAAAAUUUAUAAGAACAGUAAUUGAUUUGUUUAUAUUUAAUAAAUUUCUUGUUUU